CCCCUUCUUUGCUCUGCUAUUCUAUUCUAUUCUUUUCUCUCUAUGCGCUGCGUUCCCUCUCGUUCGCUCUCUUUUCACUACGCCUCCUUUCCUAUCUUUCUCUCGCUCUUUCACUCUCUAUCCGUCUCGCGUGUGCGUAUACUCUUUCACUCCAACGCCUGCCCUUUCUCUCUAUCCCACUCGUUCGUUCUCUGUCGCUCUCUUUGGGUGUCCGUCAGUAACCUAGAAAGCGGUGGCGGCGGCCAUUCAGGAUUACGGGACUCCGUCCGUACGUCCGCCUUGUCCGAGCGAUCGAGCGAGGGGACGAGUCACCGACGACGAGGGUGUGUCUUGAGUACGGCGUUCAGCGUGCCUAGCUCGUCGCCGACGCCGCAAGCGUUAGAGGAUGAACUGUACACCACGCGUCGUACGGCCAAAGUUGUCAUCGACUUGCCUGGCGCCAAAUCCAAGUUACCUCUGUCGGUAGUAAAUUUCGAGCUGAAAAGCACCACUACGAUGUCCUCGGAGUCGACAACCACGCAACGCACCUCCGCCACGGAAAGGCCGUUGUACCGAUUGGACGGCAGCAACGGACGAGCUUGUAUUCUUCUGGAAGUAGACGCGCUGAUCGCGGUGAAAUAUCGAACGACAUCCGGCGAGGAUCAAGAGGCCAGCAUUUACGUUCCAAACGACGCGACUGUAACCGGAAAUUGCGAGAGUGAAAAUACGGCGACAAUGUCGCUCAAGUGGAACGCGUUCAUGCUAUUAUGGAGCUUCGCAAAGACACCCGGUGGCGAGCGAUGGUACGUCGAGAAAAUCGAACUGACGUACAACUCCAGCGAUCGACACUUUGAGCAUAUCGAUCAACCAGGGAAAACGGUGAGGGUGAGCACCGCGCAAAAGCACAGUUCCAUGCUGUUCCCGACGCCGGUUGGAAAAUCGUACGCCUGCGAAGGAGAGACGAAAAUCGCGCUGACCGAUGGGAAAAAUCACGCGACCGUGUUCCUCAGAGAUAUGAAACUGCAGCCGUUCAAGUUCAAGAAUAACAAUUUCGCGACAGAAUUUUCGUGCACGUCGUUGAGCGCGCGCGGAUUUCGGGAUGAAACCGCGCCCGUCGCGGUUGGCUCGACAUUCGCUGCUGCCGUUCUGCUCACCAUCACCGGCUACGCGGCCUAUCGUUACUUCAAGGUGAAGAAAGUCAAGUACGACACCAUGGAGUAAGAGGCGUAUGGACACGCUGCCUAAGACGAUGCAAAUCAGAGAACGACCAACCUUUUCUACGGGAUGCUCUCUCAUCGUCGCGACACGACGUUGUCUUGCUUCACCGAUACCACAUCAUCAUCGAUACGAGCGUUCGUUAUAGAAUCCGAAGAAGAAACUUUUGCUUGAAACGUAUACAUAUCUCGUGAUAGCACACACCGACGAUUCGGAAUCGACAACCUUGGGCGAUGAGAAUCGAAGCGCGGCUGUUCGAUCGAGCAUCGGAGGAAAUUACGCGAAUCCUUCGAAGGUCGAUCGGGAUUGGUCGUUUGCUUGGAAAUCUGUUUGCAUCGGUGGCCGCUUUCAGGCCGGUUGCAAACGGGUCCAUUCUCGGUUACCAAAGAGUCGAUUAGGACGCACUAGAAGAAAUAAACAGGUGUAUCGCAUGUUUGGAUUAAGUAUUACGAAAUACACCGUUUUCGUGUUAAAUUCGUGUUCGCAAGCUCUGAUGGUUGUAUCGAUAGAUUUCCGAUUUCCGGUGGAUAUCGUUCCACUUUGCCCUGUCGAUGAUAAAGCUCUAACGUCUAGCAGUAUACUCGGAGGAUAAAGCUCUAUGGAAUAUGUCACUUUUUUCCCCCGACAGAUCGUAUACCCGUCUAAAACGUUUCUAUAAUGUUUCGUACUUUUUAUCGAUAGUUGCCCACGUAAAUCGCGAAGAGGAUUGUAUUAGCAUAGCGAUAGCGUACCACGAGCGAACGGGGACGGAUCAAUUCCUGCCGCGUUGCGUCACGAAAUCUCGAUAAUCCUUGCUUCGAUUAUCACGACGAAAUUAGGACAAAAAUCAGAGCGUCGAGACGUAGGAGGCCCUGUCUGGCAGCUGAGAGUCUUAGCGUCGCGUUAGAGUAGGAGCGAACGAGUAGGAUAGCUAUGUCACCUGUAUCACGGCGAUACACGGAUCACAACUACCUAACGCGCUCGCGAUUAACUAGUUUAAGCGAUCCGACAAUUUCUCUUCGUUUCUCUUCGUUUCUCUUCGUUUCUCUUCGUUUCUUCAAAAUGUACAUAGUAUUCGACGACGUUGACGCGUUAUCGCGUCGCAGCGUAUGUGACGAGAUUCAAAUACGGCGAUUCGUCGUUUUACUCGGCACGAUGGAAGCAGCGGCGAAACGGCAGGUCUCGUAUCUCUACUUUGCGUGUGUAACGACCGUUAGACUAGAUCGUUUCGUUUUUAUCUUCUAAUUCUCGAUGUAACAUAUCGUGUAAAUACGUUAGGGCACGGUCGACGAAGCUCGCUCUGCACAGGCACCUUUUCGCUCGCGGCGUAAAAAGGAAAAGCCGUUUCUUCGGGGAAGAACGGAACGGUUUCGAUCGCGUAGACGAACCGCGACACGCGUCGCGAGCUUCCACGAUCGUUGCGAGAAACCCUUUUCACGCGUUCCGAAUGUACAUUCGUUACUUUGUAAAAAAAAAACGGAUAGGCCAUUGUCGCGUAAAUAUCGUAACGAGUACGCUUGUCCCUGAGGUGGUCGAGCGAGAAAAUCCAAGGGACCGUCGUCGUCUCUUUUCCAACUCGACGCGGAUAAGGCAACGUCGUUAUCGAUCUUCAACCGCUGUUAUUUAACGAAGGUUUCGCAGAGAGAGAGUUAGAAAGAGAGAGAGAGAGAGAGAGAGAGCGGAACGGUCGAUGGACGAGUAACGACGCAUGUGUGUACCUACCUAAA